AUGAAUUUUCUUAAUGUGAACAGACCACCACCCAUGAAACGUGAUACAAUGUUUGCUUGGAUUGAAUACUGCUCGCAUUAACAUGAGAAAAGUUUGGUAGAAGCAGCAUGGCAAGCACUUCGUGCUGCUUGGGCUUGUGACGAUUCCAAUAAUGAACAAGGAGCAGUGCGUAACCGCCUGCGUGCUGCUAAAUUGAUCGACGAAUCUCGUUCAGCUAAUGUCGAAUUUAGUAAACAACUUGGUCUCGAUCGAUGCAUCGAAGCUGAUGCACUGCGACGUGCAGGAGAACAUCAACGUGCCAAAGACUUACUUCAACAUAUGCAGGUAAAUUUCUAUAUAUAUAUAAAUUCAGAUUGA